AUGCCUAGGCCUGGUCCAAGACCUUACGAGUGUGUGAAACGAGCUUGGCAUAGCGAUCGUCACCAACCCAUUCGAGGUUCCAUCAUCAGCCAGAUCUUCAGACUCUCCAUGGAAGCACACAGUGCGGCUACGAAGAAGAACAAAGAAUGGCAGGAGAAGCUGCCCGUUGUUGUCUUGAAAGCCGAGGAAAUCAUGUACUCUAAAGCCAACUCUGAGGAAGAGUAUACAGAUGCUGAUACUAUGUGGAAUAGAGUCAAUGACGCCAUUGACACCAUUAUUAGAAGAGACAAAACCACUGAAACUGACCUUCUUUUGCCUCCUUGUGUUGAAGCUGCUCUUAACCUUGGGUGCACUGCUGUAAGAGCAUCAAGAAGCCAACGACAUAGUAACGUAAGGACUUACCUCUGUCCAAAAUUCCAACAACCUGUUUCUGCAUCCACUAAUGAGCCUCAAUACCAUCAUCAAGUUCAAAAGUCCAACAAUUCAAGCCCUACCGCUCAACCUGAAAUCCCAGUGGAUGUUCUUGAUGACAGCAACAACCGUGGAGCAGCGUUUCUACAUGAAUCCAUGCAGGUGCAUCAAAAGCCUUUGGCUAGAACACUAGGGGCUUCCACUGCUCCAGCUCCCUCACCAGCGCCAAUCAACUUGGGUUUGGUGUAUCCGUUGUAUUACGGAGGCAAUAAUCAGACUCAGCAAGUGGACAUGUCUUCAAGAGUCCCUAUAAUCAUUGGCAUGCCUAUUAGUAUUAAGGCUCCGGAAGAAAGAACAGAGAGGUUAUGUGAUUUAUCCUUGAGGCUUGGUGUAUCUUCAGAUUCACCCUCGACAAGAAUAGAUGUUGGGUCUAGUACUCGGUCUUACCGAGGAAGAAACCAAGAAGAGUUAUGUUUAUUCUCUGAGGAGAUGAAGAAAUAUGAUUCGUUUUCAAAUUACCAAGGUCAGCAUUCAGAUUCGAGAGUUAAAAAGCAGAAAACAUUUUGUGGAGACUUCCUCUAG